UCAACACCAGAGAAAUAAAUAAAUCAUAAGAUAAGAAACACUAUAAAACAAACAAAAAUGACCCUUAGAAAACUCAAAACUUAAUAUAAAUUCUCAUUGUCAUUGACAAGGCAACCAAGGAUAUCUAGGCAAGCUCUUCUUUUUAAGGCCACAGGCACAGCAGUUUUUCCAGCUUUCCUUUCAAAAUUCAUCUUUCUUUUUGUGAAGACUUUCAAUGGAAAUUCAAUUUCAGCAACAAAAGCAGCAGCAAAGACAAGACAUUCCACAUAACAAAGUAACCAAAUUCAAGGGAAGAUGCAAUAACAAGUUCGUCGGUGUGAGACAGAGACCUUCUGGUAGAUGGGUUGCUGAGAUUAAGGACACAACAAAAAAGAUCAGAGUGUGGCUUGGCACCUUUGAAACUGCUGAAGAAGCUGCUCGAGCUUACGAUGAAGCUGCCUGCCUUCUCCGCGGAUCCCAUACUCGAACCAAUUUCGAUACCAGUGUAAAAUUAGAUUCCCCUCUUGCUUCUCGGAUUCGAAAUCUAGUUAACAACAAAAAAGGAGGUAAACAACAGAGUGUUGAACAUUUUCCUUCUACCACAACAGUUAGCACUACUACUACCAGUGCUAUUUCUAGCAGUGGUUGCACAAGCAGUGAUGGCAUGGCUAGAGAAAAUUCAAUUUCUAGUAAUAUAGCCCAAGACUCUCAGUUGUUUGAUGGUGCAUAUAAACCAGAUUUAAGUGGCUGCACUGAGGAUUUUUGGGACCUUCCACCGUUGUGCUCAUUGUUCUAUCAAAUCUGAACAAGAUUAAAAAGACCAGGUAAGUCAAGAUUUCACAAAAGAGUAGUAGAGACUCAAAUCCAAACUUUCUCCCUAUAAGUUCACUCAACAACACAGAAAAACACAUGGAAAAGUUCUGUAAUGUUUAUGAAAGCUCUCCUCAAUUAUCACUUAACAUUAAGUCUAAGCAAUCAUGUUGGAAUUUUUUUGUUUUAAAGUCUCUGUCAAUAGAAGAUAGAUAUUAUCAUCUUCUAGCCAUUAAAAUAAAUACCGAAUAAAUAAAUAAAUUUGGCGUACCGUUACAGCUCA